AUGAGCACAAGGAAGAGCUGCCCUCUGCCACUGGGGCAAGGAGACCGGGAGGAAAAGCAGAGUGAGGGUACUCCUGACCUGGAGCGACAGGAAUGCGAGAUGGAGCUGAGGAACAAAGCUAUUCUGCAACAGAAGAGGCGCCUUAAACAGGCCACCCAGUUUGUGCACAAGGACUCUGCUGACCUGCUGCCCCUGGACGGCUUGACAAGGCUUGGCACCUCCAAGGAUCUGCAGCCACAUAGCGUGGUCCAGCGGCGCCUCUUGGAAGGCAAUCUGAACAAGCUGCGGGGCGAGACCAGGGUUCAGUCUGCAUGGGUUCAAUCUCCGCUGGCAAAAGACCAGGAUGAAAAGAUGGAAAAGGGAGAGGACAGGAGAAAAGAGACUUCACCCCUGCUAAUACAGUGCCAGUGCCAAGGUCAGGUAUUGAAAGCGACUGUUAACACUGGGUGUCUACCAAAUCUCAUCUCCAAGAGCUGUUUAAACCAGCUGGGGCUGGAAGAAGUGUCUGUCAUGGACUGUGGAGACCUCUCUCUUCCCAUCCCCAGCGUUGUUGGCCGAGUAGAACAUAUGGAGUUGCAAUUUGGCCAGGAGACAGUGCUGUGUUCAGCACUGGUUGUAGAUGAUGAAAUGCUGGAGUUUUGCAUUGGUCUCCAAACUCUGUUGUCUCUCAAGUGUUGCAUCGACUUGGAGGAAGGAGUCCUGAGGUUUAAAGCACUGAGUCAAGAGCUGCCUUUUCUACAUGCCUCUGAAGAGCCUGGUCAGUGA